ACAUAUUUUUAAGCAGCAAAAUGCCUCAUAAUGUGUGCUUAUGCAAACUUCAUGAAAAUUUUAUUUCUGCUAUCGAAAGCUUCAAGAAGUAUUGCCCAGAAUUCCCAGCUUAUUCCUUAGGAUUUAUGAAAGAUUUUCUUUGCGAGAAUCCUACUGAAAAUUGCUGGCAAAUUUCUUGAAAUAAAUGUGAAAAGUUUUUUGAAAAUGGUAUUGAAUCUUGUUUUGCUACAUCUACUUCAAAUAUGGCUGAAUGGAACAAGUGGAAAGAUUUUGAAGGUAAGUUAACAAAAGUUGUAGAAGAAGGUAGCCUCGAAGAUCUUGGAAAAUACAUAGUUUCAAUGAAAAAAGAUUUUUUACUUCAUUGUUUCAUUAAAAAUGAACAAGCUCUAGCAUAUCAGAUGCAGAAAGGAGAGGUAGGCUCCCAAAGCACCGAUUUUACCACUGCUUUGCUACAAAUUGAUUUUGCAGAGAAUUACACUUGUGUUGCUCAGGAUGAAAUACAAAGUUUUCAUUGGGUACAGCCGCAAGUGAGUCUGUUUACUAUUUCGUCGUGGUAUAAUGGACAGCAUCACCCUGCUGUUAUUGUAUCCAAUGAUUUAGAUCAUUCAAAAAGAAGUAUAAUUCCAUAUUUAGAUAAAAUCUUUGAAGAUUUCCCAGAAAGUAUUAUUCUGGUCAAUAUAUGGUCGGAUGGCCCUUCAUCGCAGUUCACAAAUCGUUUUAUUGCAGCUGCAAUCCCUAUAUUGGAAAACAAAUUUAGAAAAAGAAUUAUUUGGAAUUUCUUUGCAAUAUCACACGGCGAGGGCCCAGUUGACGGAAUAGGUGGGGCUGUGAACCGCCAAGUUCGAAAUUACGUAAAAGCACGCAAAGGCUCUGUUUUCAAUGCCUCCGACUUCAAAGCUGCAGCUGAAAGAACUGGAUCGGAUAUAAAAAUAAUUGAAAUGAAGUGCAAUGAAAUAGAGGAACGAAAUCAAAAUUUAAAUAUGUGUUCAAUAUUUGAAGAAGCACUGCCAUUAGAAAGUAUAAAAAAAAUGCAUUGCAUUUAUGUGAACCAGGAGAAGGUGACGGGUGCUCUGUUAACCAAAAAAAUAUGUUCCAGUUUAGCAGAACAAAAUUUACCAACUAAACCUCCAAAAUUAAGCAUUAAACUUGGUACUUACCUACCUAUUUUAGGUAAGAAGCAAAUUUUAAGGUAUGCUGCUAUUUCACAAGGUGAAGUUGAAGAUGACGGAGAAGUAAAG